AUGUUCCUUCGAACCGGAAUCGAGCCGGUGACCUUUCGGUUAUAUGAUAAUCCAUUACAGCCGAACGUGAUAUCCAACUACACCAUCGAAGGUUUGAUUGCGAAGAAUGAGACCGUCAUUGCCUCAUAUGUUACCAGGUCAUAUCAUCUUCAGCCCGCAAAUACAAAUGAAGUCUACGCUCUUUCGACCCUACUCCUGCAGCUGCUCACGGCGGCACUGGGGCUGAUUCAGAAGUACUGGUAUCUUUUUACGAAGUAA